UUUCGUUUUCUGUUCCGUUGGAACAUGAAGUUCCCAAAAAUAAAAACAAAGGCAAAUGCUUUACGGAAGUUUUCGCUUAUUACAAUCAAAAGUGAUGUCGAAUUAUCCUAUAUGAAAUACCAAUACCUAGCAGUAAUUUAGGAUAAUUUAGGCUUUUUAAUAAUAUUGUUAGCAGUAAAUGGAUGUAUUUUUAGACCAGACAUGAGGCCACCUUCUUCCUGCGGAUCAUUUGUUUGCUGAAUGAAUUCAUGGUUAGUUUCUGAGCCGCCACCCAUUAACCAGAUGCAAGCGCACCCACAAGACAAGAUCCUCAGGAAAGUGGCCGGCCGCCCGAGGAAUGUGUUAUUCGACACCACCGAGGCAGUUUCAGAUGGAGGAAGCACGCCGAGAUACAGACAGCUAUUAAAACAAAGCCAAACCAAGCCAGCAGCCGGCAGCCAAGAACGGGACGUGCUUGUGUUUCGAGUUUCGACGGUUUCGACCUGUUGAUGUGGCCGCCCAUAUAGCCAGCAGUAGUCGCACUUCGGUUGCGAUCCGAAUCGGCCGGUCGUUGAAGGUGCUGAACACUUUCUUCUCAUUGGUUCCCUGAAAAUUUGUUCAAGAAAAAAAGUGCGUAAUCCAAAGUGCAUCGCUGCAGUGAAGUUAAGGGUUUUAACCAAAAAACUUUUAAAGUUUAUCAGAAGAUCGAUUACAAAUUAAGAAAGAAGUGAUUCGAAGAAACGGCGCGUUAGGGCCCAUCAUCGGUCACAUCUAAUUGCAGUUAAGAUUGAAUGCGUACCUAUCUAUUUGCGUGUGCAGAGACUGUUAUCGCAUCGUAUUGACACAGCCCGUUUGAUUGCCCGACCGAAAUCUAAGGAAAAGCACGUGCAUUGUGAAUGUAGCUCUCUUCGGACUGCACAAAUUAAACGUCGAUAUAUCGAAACCGGGUGACAAAAAAUCACGAUGGCACAAUCGGACAUCGAAGGAGGCCAAACAAACGCCGCCUUCGAGCUCAGUGAUGUUGCUGAUCGACGAAAGAAUGUUACCAUUAUGGCACAAGUAAACAAACCGGCUGCCAACAAAGGACCAGCGCAGAAGUCAGGACAGAGCCAUGGCCUCGGCCCUGCAGACAGUAAGCCACCAGGAGCAGGACAAACCAGUGGCAUCGAUCCGGCAAUCAAUAAACCAGCGCCAGUACAGUCGUCAGGACAUAGCCAUGGCAUCGAUCCCGAACACAAAACUACCUACAUGGAUUCGAUCAUGCACAUCUUCAAGGGCAAUGUGGGUCCCGGUCUGUACGCCAUGGGUCAAGCCUUCUCCAACGGAGGAAUUAUUGUGUCUCCGAUACUGACCGUUUUGCUGGGCAUAGUCUGCGUUCACUGUCAGCAUCUGUUGUUGCGAUGUGCAUUCAAAAUGAGACAGUUUCAUAGAGCGGAUUCCAGCCAUUUGCCAGAUUUUGCCGAUACAGUGGAGCUUUGCUUCGAAAACGGCCCAAUUCGCUUUAGACAAUGCUCGCAAGCCAUGAAACUGGCCGUUGACGUGUUCAUUGUAAUCACCCAACUGGGCUUCUGCACGGUGUAUUUCGGGUUCAUCGCUUAUAACCUCAAGCAGCUCUACGAUUACUAUGGAAUCUUCAUGGACAUUCGAGUUCACAUGGCGCUAAUCCUACUCCCGAUCAUGCUGCCUUCGCUGCUGAGGAAUCUGAAAUAUCUCGCCUGGUGUAUGGUGCUGGCGAACAUUUUUAUGAUUCUCGGAAUAUUCAUCACCACGUUCUACGCAACUCAAGAUCUGCCCUCGGUCAAGGAGCGGAAGCUGUUUUCCAGCUGGGAGCAACUUCCGCUGUACUUUGGUACUGCCAUAUUUGCCUUCGAGGGAAUUGCCCUGGUGCUGCCGCUGCACAAUGCCAUGCGAGAUCCGCACGAGUUCCGGCACCCACUGGGAGUUCUCAACGUGGGAAUGGUUAUCGUUACAUUCGUCUUCACCUUCCUGGGAUUUGUGGGGUACCUCAAGUGGGGAGAUGAAGUUCAAAGUAGCAUGACAUUGAACCUGCCUCAGGACGAAAUUUUGGCCCAGAGCGUCAAAGUUAUGGUCUCGCUGGGAAUUCUGCUCGGAUAUGCUUUGCAGUUUUUCGUAGCCAUACAGAUAAUGCUUCCUUGGGUCUCCAGAAAGUUUGACCCACACAGAGCAAAUCCAAUAAGGACAGAGCUGAUGUUUCGAGCAGCUCUGGUUAUGGUUACGUUUGGUGUCGCCGAAUCUAUUCUCAAUGUGGGUGCACUGAUGUCCCUCAUCGGUGCGCUCUGUUCCACCGCUCUGGCUCUCGUGUUUCCUCCGGUGUUGGAGCUGGUUCUUGGACUCGGGCCACCCGAAUCCCGUUGUUUGAAACUUUCUUGCUGGAUAUGGACGAAGAACAUUAUGAUUCUGUUAUUUGCACUAUUUGCUGCCGUAACCGGUACAAUUGAAAGUUUAAGGAUUAUACAAAAUUUAGAAUAAAUAGUGUUCAAGGAA